GGCAUGUGCUUGACACGAGCAUUCCAUAGAGCAAGAGGACUCACAGGCAGCUUUACUGAUCGGUUACCUUCAGCUGGUCAUAUUGUCCCAGUAUUGGAGAUUGUUUCAGUUGGAGAAGCAGAAAUUGAUGAGAGGCACUAUGGCAUGCAUUGGAAACACAUGUGCAAACCUCAUGCAUUUACCAGUGCACUAUGAACAGAAGAGCAGAAGAAGCAUCGCUGGCGGUCAGUGACCUUCUGGAGCAGUGACGACUUUCUGUGUUGCCAGUGGUUGCAAGCACUUAAUGAUCUACUUGAGCAACAGACUUGUAGGCCAAAGCGCUUACUAGUUUAUAUAAAUCCAUAUGGUGGAAAGAAGAAAGGAAGCAGAUCUAUGAGAAGAAAGUGGCUCCAUUGUUCAGUCUUGCCUCUAUCACUACAGAUGUCAUUGUGACAGAAUAUGCAAACCAUGCUAGAGAUAAUCUUUAUGAAGUCAAUCUGGAUAAAUAUGAUGGCAUUGUUUGUGUUGGUGGCGAUGGAAUGUUCAGUGAAGUGCUUCAUGGCCUUAUAGGCCGGGUACAAAAGGAUUCUGAUGUUGAUCAUAACAAUCCUAAAAUUCCAUUAUCUCGGUGCUAUAUGAGGAUUGGCAUUAUUCCUGCUGGUUCUACAGACUGUGUGUGUUUUGCUACUGUGGGAAUCAAUGAUCCAGUAACUUCAGCGUUGCACAUCAUAUUGGGUGAUUCUCAACCCCUUGAUGUUAGUUCAGUUCAUGACAAAAAAACGUUCUUGAAGUACACUGUUUCAUUGUUGGGCUAUGGUUUCUAUGGAGACGUCUUGAAAGGAAGUGAAAAGAAUAGGUGGCUGGGCCCUGCCAGAUAUGACUUUGCAGGUUUUAAGACUUUUCUAUCUCAUCGCUGCUAUGAAGGGACAGUGUCUUUCCAACCAGCAAAGUGGGCAGUAGGAUCCCCAAGGGAUAAAGUCUGUUGCACAUCUGGGUGCUACAUUUGCAGGCAAAGUAGCAAGCAGCUGGAGGCGCAGCAGAGAGCAGAGACCUGUGGGUUACAACACAAUGAACAAGAAGAGAACUGGAAAACUGUCAAAGGAAAAUUCAUGGCAAUUAACGUGGCUGUCAUGAGCUGUGCCUGUCCUCGCAGCCCAAAAGGUCUGUCACCAGCAGCUCACUUGGCAGAUGGAACUGCAGAUCUCAUUUUAGUCCGUAAAUGCUCAAGGUUAAAUUUCCUACGGCACCUUAUCAGACACACAAAAAGCAAUAGUGAUCAGUUUGACUUUCCAUUUGUUGAUGUCUACCGGAUAAAGACUUUUCAGUUUGCGCCAAAACAUUCUGAAGAAAAUGAUUCUGAGAGCACUGAUUUGGGAAACAUUGGAAAAAAGAACUUUGCUCAGAUCUGCACAGAUCAUCCAUCUUGUGGCUGCAGUCAGGUGAACAGUGUCUGGAAUUGUGAUGGGGAAACCCUUGAGCAGACUGCCAUUGAAAUGAGGGUCCACUGUCAACUUAUCAGAUUAUUUGCACGAGGCAUUGAGGAUUCCCAUAAAGACGAUGAAGAAAACCUAAGCAGGGUUUAA